CGUCAUAUUUUUGCAUGAGUAGCUCGCAGACUGCUCGUUUUUUUUAAACCUCUCCCUCCGUGGCUCUGUGAAGGAGGGGGCAGAGAGGUGUUAGCUGCGCGCUGCAGACAUCAAUAAGAGGAGAGCCGCUUUCCACCGUCACAGCGCCGGAGCAGAGCAGGGGAGCCCUGGCAACAAGGACACACAAACGCAGCAGCCCCCGACAGCCCACGGGAAUGCAGACUCCACCUAUAUACGGAAGGACAUGAGCAGCCAUACAGACAUCUGACACUGCUCUGUUUCACUGCCAAUCCAGGCCGCACAUCAGGAACUUCAGUGGCGGCAUCUGAGCUGAGGGCUCCACCUACUCCACCUAAGCUCUGCCUCCUCAACUCAGCCCUUUUCAAUAUUGCUGAGAGGCUAAGAUGAGGAAGAUAAAUGAGAGCCUGCAGAAUGAAUGAACCCUUUACGGAUUCUCUUUGAGUGUUCUGGGUCCCUCACACCACCUUCUGCAUUCUGGGAUAGUCUGGAACCUUCUCUAUGGGCUCUGCCACCUGCUGACAAACUGCAGUUGUGUUGAAUGAGGUUUGUGCUGCGUGUGGGCAGGCUUUCCUUUGGAGGGAAAUGAUUCCACAUGAAGUUCAGCGCACUCGACCCCCCAUCGGCCUCUGCAACUGCAGCAGGUGUGACGUUGUGAUGCUCUCUCCUGCCGCAGUGGGUUCACUACUCAGCCGCUAAAGAUCGGGAACAGACCACUCCACAUCCCCGUAAACCUUCCCUUGAUAUCUUCACGUCCAUCUGACACCUUUGAUCAACGCUUGGGGUGCAGGAAUUUGCAUCAAGACCUGGCAGGAAGCAGCUUUGGGUGAGCGGAAUCGAGUCAGAAGAGGAGGAAAAAAUUUGGAGGGCUUUUUUUGGCUACUCGAUGUAGAAAUGAAUGGUUAAAAGAGAAAAAGAAAAGAACGAAACUAGGAAAAGAAAGGACGGGAAAGUUUGAAAAGAAGGAAUAGGGACUAGGCCAAAACGCAUGUACAGAGACAAGACACAAAGUGAAACCAAUAUGAAGUCCAACCAGGAACGCAGUAAUGAAUGUUUACCCCCAAAGAAGAGGGAAAUCCUAUCAAGCACGUUGCUUUCUGAAAACCGCUCACCUGUGCCACCUGCCAGUGACAGCCAGCGCACAGAGAACAUGACCUGGCUAGCCAGUGUGGCUGCUGGUAAUGAAGGCGACCUGGGUGAGCAUCGUAGCUUUAAUCAGUUGGAUGGGGCCUUGUAUAAAUCCCCAUCUUUGACUCACACUUCCCCCUGUUGCUCUUCAAUGAGGCUGGUGUCCUCCCUUCCUGCCGUGUACACUUCCCCCGUCACACAGGCUACGGUUGGAGGGACAGUCCACUACACCCAACUUCCUCCCAACCUACAGUUAAUAGCCUCACCCUACACUACUCCCUACACAGGCUAUAUCUCCCCACAGCUUCUCCCACCGCCACCUCCACCCCCUCCCUCCUCGUCAGCUGCACAGAGAGCCCCUUACGCAGAAACAAUUUUCUCUAAGCAGGACCAGCAUCGAACAUCAUCGGGGCGUACCUCCAUGCCUCCUCCUUCAACAGACUCCAUCCCACACAAUGUUCAAACUUCAACUUCUCCUCGGACUCUACCAUCACCUCACCAAGGAGGCACUCACCUCCCGACCCAGUCCAUGCAACCCCACCGUUCUUUUGGCCAUGGUAUGUCCCACGUUGUGGUGAAAUAUACAGACGGUCCCCCUAGAAAAGAAGAAGGUGCCUCCAGACAUAGAGAGCUCCACAACGGGGAUGUAGAAAGAGGGCAGAGGCUUAGACUGUCCCCAGAGUCUAGCCUCUCCAAGUCAGCGAGCAAACCAAGGGAAGCCACGUCCUGUUUGUCUGCCUAUGAGGCCCGUCAACUAGUUCUAUCAUCAGACUAUAGUCAUGAAUCUUUAGGUCCAAGAGCCUCUCUCAUGCUAAUGCACAACAGCCAUGAGGACCACCAGCUUUUACCAUCCAGAGCCAACCCAGAGAAGCAGACAGCCUCUGCCCCCACACAUCAUGAGAAAGGCGGCACUGUCAUGGGCAAACCGGUCAACCGGACCCCAUCCUUGUCCAACACCAUCUGCUCUUUCACGUUUCCUCCCCCACCAAGUGUAGACAACCUGAAAGCUGGUGUCAGCUCUCUGUCUCCUCAGACUGUUAUCCAGACCACCCACAAUGCUACAGAGUCGCUGUCAAUGGGGCUGCCCUCCACUAGCAUCUACCCACAGCCAUCUAUUAUAGGUUACAUUGCAGGGGGCAAUGGAGGCAGUUACCACACCAACUUACAGCAACACUUAUUCAUUCCAGGCAGCCAACCAGUCAUCAUCCCUGUCAGUGGAGGUGGAGUUCCAACAUUAGAACCUGUAACCUCCCAGAUUACAUCCUCCACACAAGCUGCAUCUUUCCCUAAUACACUCCCACACACAUACAUCGCUGCCACCUCCCUUAAAGGGGAAUCUUCAGAAACUCAAAGCGGCUUAUUCCAUGAAGCUGCUCCAGGUGCAGUUGUUCAGGCCCAGAUUCAUCUCCCCAUGGUUCAUGCUCCAUCUGGGCUGGUUGCUCUUUCUCCUCCGUCUGGUACAGCGGCGCCCUCUUCACUUCCCCCGUAUUUCAUCAAGGGCUCGAUCAUCCAGCUGGCUGAUGGUGAGCUGAAGCAGGUUGAAGACCUAAGGACAGAAGACUUCAUCCAGAGCGCAGAGAUCAGCAGUGAGCUGAAAAUCGACUCAUCCACGGUGGAACGCAUCGAAGGGAGCCAAACCUCAGCAAACUUUGCAGUCGUUCAGUUCGCUGUGGGUGAACAUCGUUCACAGGUAAGCGUGGAGGUCUUGUUGGAGUACCCAUUCUUCGUUUUCGGUCAGGGCUGGUCGUCAUGCUGCCCUGACCGGACCACCCAGCUCCUGGAGCUGCCUUGUUCCAAGCUGUCUGUCGGCGAUGUUUGUAUUUCACUCACCCUCAAGAAUUUAAAGAACGGAUCCCUGAAGAAGCCACCCAGCCCCGCUUCUGUUCAACCGCGCAGCCACCAGCACCUAAAAACCCACAGAGCCGUGUCAGACGUACCGCAGAGCUGCAGUGGAGGAAACUCCCGGCACCGGGAGCGGGAGAAUGGCAUCAGUCAGCAGAGGAGUGAUGAAAGAGGGAACAGGAGUGGGGAAAGCUCCAGGAUGGAAAAUGGGGAUAUCGUGUUGGAGGAAAGGAGGUCUGUUUUCAAAGGUCAGGUUGCCGGCGGUAAAUCGGCAACAAGCAGGAAGCGAAGAUGGUCUGCUCCGGAGGGUCGAGACAUAGAAAAAUCAGAGGAGGAGCCGCCCUUAACUCUGCCCAAACCUUCCUUUAUCCCUCAUGAGGUGAAAGUCAGCAUAGAGGGAAGGUCUAAUAUUGGCAAAUAACGCGUAGCAGGACUGUUAAUAACCAUUGGGUUUGGAAAAAUAAAAGGAUCCUCACAGAAAAAUACGCCAAUGUUAAUGUUUUCUUUUUUCUUUUCUAUCCCAAAUACUGUAAAAGUAUCACCUUACUUUGAGUCUAUGUAGUUUAUACCUUUUUUACAGGUGGAUUUAAAAUCAGACCAGCAAUCUGUGCUGUUUGAAAUAUUGUCAUGGGGGAUUUGUGAGUGGGGGCUCUGUGGCACGCAGACAAAAGGCCUCGUGACUCUGCCUGGUUGCUUACAGUCUGCACAGUUUGCAACCUUCAAGGUGGCAUAUUUUGCUCUUGGUUUACUGACAGCGAUUUCUUGCCCCCUCGCACUUUAAGGUGGGGUGUACAAAGAAAAGCAUUUGUUGUUUUUUUCACGCGAAUCAUUCAAUAACAUCAAAAGGAAAAAGCGGGUUUGCUAAAAGAUUUACACAGUGGUCACAUCUUUACUGUGUAAAUACCUUCUGGUUUGUUUUAAAUCAGAAGGAGCCGAGAUGGAAGUCAUCGGGAAGCGUCUGUGUGCCACACGGCCGUUUUCGGUUUGACGACAGGAAAGUCUUCGUUAGAGUUUUAUGAUUUUUAUUUUUUAACCCCUCAUCUCACUUAAUGCUUUAAAUGAUUGUCAAAAACCUAAAUUAGGGCUCAUUUAGGUUUUGAUUAAGCCUAAAUGGGUUAAUGUAUAAUUACAUAUACUCAAUUGUGAAACACAGCGGCUUUCACUUUUCGAAGCAAAUCCUCAUCAUAUAUGGUAACUAAGUUGAGACAUUUGUAUUCAGAAGAGCUGUGAGAGAAUCAGGAGGGUCUGCACGUCAGCUCAGAGAGGAUCAGAAUGUUUCCGAGCACUUAACACACCUGUCGCAGGCACCACACACAAUAGUCCAUACUUUAUUUACUCAGUACUUUAUGUUUUAGAUCUUUUUUUUUUAAUAAUUGGGACAGUGGCAGAAAGUAGCAGCAGCACUUUGAAAAGGUGGAGAUGAAUCACAAAGCAGGAGAGGAAUGUGACAGGUGUUGAGAAGGAGAAAAAAGGAAGAAAAUGAGCGACAAGUUUCAGGGACAAGCUUUGAAACGUCUAGUGAAUUCCAAUUGUGAGGAUUUGUCACUGACUUGUAACGUUUGUUUCCCAACACUGAACAGUGCGGACCAGCCCUGCAACCAGUGGCAUGGCGCCGUGUUCUUCAACAGCAGAUGCACUGGCUGCGGUGUCCCAUCUUCAAAAACACUGGUGACAUUGGAUUAGUGCACUUUCCAAACAGGAUGGUUGUACUGAAAGUGCUCUGUGAUGUGCGUUUGUGACAACAUGGGAUUUCAGGAGCGUGUUUGUGUAGGAAAGAGAUUGUUUGAAAUGUAUAUAGACAGUGCUUUUUGUCCAGUGUUUUUUUCUUCUUCUUUACUUUAGAGAAAUUGCAUUUUGCACAUGGAGAGGAUUAAGUUAGGUGGAGAGAUCAUUUCUGAUGGCGCGGUCUAAAAAACCAACACAAAAAGACACUGGAGGAGACGAGGGUUUUUUCGUUCUUAAGCAGGUAAUUAGCACAUUUGAAGCAAAUGUUGUGUCAUCUGCUCAAUUAAGGUCAAGUUGUUUGAACAAGUGUAGCUUUAGAGCAGAAGUUAAACGUGCCAGCCCACUAAAUUUAAUCUGAGGUUUCUUGCGUUCAGAGGGAAGCUGAGGGGCGAUGAGCACUAUCUGAUGAUUAUUUAGGUGGACAAUCAGAGCCAUUUAAAAAAUAUAUCUGAAAAAGAAAAUGCCCUAUGUGUGGGAUAUUUUCCCCAGAACCUGCUUAGCUUCUGCAGGACUGUCUGUUCUUCACAUCUGUUUCUACUCAGCCUCCAUAUUUGUCCGUUCCCCUUACGGUUUUGGUCAUUUGCUUCUCAGAUGCUGAUCAGUCGUAUUUUGACAGGAACAAUUUGUUUUUUACUUUUUGAAAAGCAAAUUUUGUUUCAGAAGCCGAUGUGACAGAGAAACAAAGAUGUUAAGAAGAAGCUACCAGAAAUAAAAAUAUAUUAAAAAAAAGGCUCCGCUUGGAAUAAAAAAAACAAAUCAGAUCAUCACCACUGUCAUCCUUUUUUGUUUUUGUUUUUGGAAGUAAAAUAUGUAAACAACAACUAGGACAAGCAGUAUGUGUGAUGUGCAGUCUGUGCAUUUGUGUGUGUCUGUGUUGGAGGGAGUGUCAGUUGUGUUUUGCAAUUGUUGUUUUAUUCAUUCCCCCUCCUGAAAAGCAGACCCAUCAGGUGAACUGAUGCCAAAGCCAAGGGUUGCUGAUGCUGCUUUGGUUAUUUUAGAAAGCAAUAGUAAUAAAAAUAAUACUUUUCUUUUUCUGCAAUAAAACAUUUAUUUAUAAUUCCGAUUAAAGCCAAAAGCAGGAAAAAGAAAACAAUCAGUUCCUCCUUGUAAACUGGGUAAUAUUUUAAAGGAGUUCAGAAAACCCGUCAGAAGUACAUAUCUGUAUAGAAGCUGCAGUUGCACCAGUUGGUAGCAUUCAGGGAAGCCUCUAUGUGCAGUAACUGAAUCAAAGCCCAGACCUGCUCUGCCCCUGCUGGGAAACCUCAAGGUGUGCGACUGUCACCUGGCAGACUCCGCCCAGCUCUGCCUUGUUGCCACGACUCCAUAGUGACCUCAUUAGCUUAGCAUAGUGACCUCGUCAUAGCCAGCCCUCCCAGCUUUAGCUGGCUUUCAAUAAAGCCUGGACUGCCCUUCGUUGUUUCACUUUAGCUUUUCUUAAUGCAGUUUAGCUUAAAGACCCACUCCUGUCAUGAAAGCAUUCCCAGUGGUCUUUAAAUUAGGAGUAUGCCGCUUUUAGCAUAAAUCAAAGAAAAAAAUUGGGCUAAAAAAAACCCCCCACCUGUGAGUUCAUCGGAAAUUCACCUCAGAGUUGCGGGCGGUGCUGUUGGUGAGGAAUAAGCCCGCCCCCAUUUCCCGUCGCCCUGUUUACACGCUAUCCCACUAGCUCACACACCAAUUUAACAUUACCGGCUGGCAUCUACGUGUGGGUGCAUAAGAAUGGCCGUUGUGGCCUGCCGAUUGUAUUUUCUGCAUCACAACUACAAUCUUGUUUAAACUGGAUUUUUUUCAUCUGCUCCUUAUUCACAGCGAUUUGAAUAAAGAAAUACUCUGACAUGCAACUUUGAGCUCCAUCUUCUUUAUAAAUGUCGUCCGUCAUGAGGAAAAAUGCCACAAGUACAUGUCAAAAACCCCAAAAACAGCUUUUUUUACUGGAGUGAGUCUUUAAACUGGCUGCACUUAAGAGUGAAAGGCUUAAUUAUAGGUCAAAAGAAAGAAAAAUGAUCAUAUGAAUGCAGUAGGGGGGGAGUUUGAAUAUAAUCUGAGUGUAUGUGGUUUGGAUUUUGUCUCGCUGGCCCCAAGUCAGCCCCCUUUUUACAUUUAGAGAUGUACUACAAUGUGCAAUACUUCUGUGAUUCUGUUGUCCCCUGUGCCAAGUGUAUGUAGCAUAGUCUGCAUCCCCCUCGUUUGCAGCUUUUCUGUUCCUAUUUUUAGUUAAACGAGUCCUCAAAGAGGAACGAUGCAAAUCGGAGUUUGGUGAUUCUCUUCACUCUCUGGUUGUGAGGCCUUUGUCCACUGUUGUGUGUGUCUGCAGAGUGCGUUUACGGCUGUCUCCCUCUGUAAUUGUGUGUGAGAUGCUUCAUUGGUUCAUGCAAUGAAGACCCACAGGAAAUAGAAACCCUGUCGUUAGUGGGGACCACUUUUUGUAAAAAAAAAACUAAAAAACACAUGUGUAUAUAUAUAUAUAUAUAUAUAUAUAUAUAUAAAAAGAAAAGAAAAACCAACAGAGAUGCACAUGUAAGUAGAUGUGAUAAACUUGAUGAUGUUUCAGCACUUUCUAAUUCUGGGACGGGCUUGGCCUAAACCCCCUCUGUCUUGGGCUGCCCCCCGCCCCAGGGCCAACAUUCUUUUAGAACAGACAGUGAGAAUGGAAAAAUAAAAGUGCGAGGACUGUUUUGAAAAGAGAGAAAUUGCUCAAGUUUCUUGCACAUCCCCUCGCUGCAACCUUGUUCUUCACGUCUCUUUUCUCCUCUCUCACUUCGGUGCGUUCUUGGGUCCAACGGGCCGAGGUGUUAGCUGAUUCCAUGGUUCUUUUCUUCUAGGAAAACCCACCCUUAAUGGAAAGCAUCUCUUCGUUUGUUGUGUGAAAAAAAACUGUUUCUUUUUUUUUCUUUUUUGCACCGCAUCAACCUGGCUGGGUCACCGUUUUCAGUGGUUCCUCUUACAGCUUGGUUGUAGUGUGGAAGGAGUGAAAACGUUUCUGAAGGAGCUUUUUCUCUCCAUUUCGGUCUCUUUGAAGCACUCUGCAUUAUGUCAGGAGAUUUCAACUUUAUCGAGAAUGUUGACUUUUUUGUUUUUGUUUUGACAAGCUUCCUCAUUGGAGGAGCACUGCUUAUGUCAUCUUUUCUUUUCUUUGUUGGCUUUUGCACAACUUGACAAAUAAAAUGAAUGUUGGUGUGUGAGCUUUGACUUUUCGGUCAGAAAAACAGCAUGUGUGCUUUUUUUGUUUCUGGAUGUUUGUACUUCCAAUUUGGAAAAAAAAAGAAAAAAAGGAUGUUUUCUCUACACUUUGACGUGUUUUAAAAGUGAAUACAUUUCGAUCAGGAUUCCACUUUUUUCAUUUGUGUUUUUUGUAUGAUGUCAAUGUCCAUAGCGCUGGAUAACCAACUCAGGCAGAAAGGAAAAAAACAAACAAAGGUAAACAGGUCCACAUAAGAACUUAGUUUCUCCCAAUCAGUUUAUAACGUGGGCUUUUGAAUAGGGGUUAUUCAUUAUGUAAAUUGCAUAUAAUUUUGAUAUUUCACUUGAUUUAAUGCUAAACAAAUGUUGAUAUUGACAGUUAACCAUAAAUUAUUAAAAUGUUGUGUGUAUAAUCCUAGAGAUGGCUCAGAUAACUCUUCUAAGGACUGAACGUCUCUGGUGUGCCUCUGUGGAUCAAACACUGGGGGGACAGGCGUUUUGGGUUCAUGACCUCUGACCCCGCCCACUACCACUGCAGGGACAGACGUAUCUAUUCACAGCGGCUCGUCUGAAUCUGAACUCAGCUCUGAAGCCUGCAGCCCGUCUGUCUGGAUGUUCCUCUGUUCUCCUGCUACUUCAAGCUCUGAGAUGGAGCGGAGGUCAGGACGGGCCGCCCCACAGUGGAUCCCGACCAACUUGUUUGUUCCAUACUGUACUCACCUAGUCCCUGUCUCACCUCUAUAGAAAUGGAGAAACCCUGUUGGUGUAUGUAACUGAGCUCUGUACAAAUGCACCUCUUUGAAGACGAAAAAAAAACAAACUAAAUGAAACCUUGACAUAUCUGGAGAAAACA